CAAUGGCAGAAAGGUAAUUAAAUAUGAAGAAGAAGGAGGAGGAGUGAGUGACAAGUGGUAGGGUCAGGUGACAGUGGGUCCCACCUUGAAUUCAUAUAAUUAUUAGGCCAUCCGUUUUUUGUUUGGAAGAUAGCCCAAGCAAGUAACGGCAUCCCCUUAUGAUUGUAUUUUGGCGCCUAUCUCCUAUUUUGCCACACCUAGGCCGUAACCUUAUUUCAUCAUAAGCUCUCUCUCUUCCCUUCUCUCCACCACCUUUUUAAACGCCUUCUUCUUCUUCUAGUUCAUCCUAUAUAUUCUUCUUCUUCUUCUACUCUUCUCUUCCCAUCUCUCUCUCUCUCUCAAAUUACCAUAGCCAUAAGAUAUACUUAUACUGUACAUAACCCUUGUUAUUAUAUGUCCCAAGGAGGAACAGUACUACUAAUGGGCACCGAGACUUCUUUCUUGCAGUGGGAUGAAAAACAUACGUGGCUGCUGCCAAACACCUUCUCAAAUUCAGACAACUACUCAUCAGGUGUCGCCGCCGCCGCCGCCGAUGAAUCCUGUGAGAAAAACAAGAUAGCAGCCUCAAAUUCUGAUAGCGGUGGCGGCCAUAAAGCCAUGCCGGUGAAGGAAUUAGGGUUACUCAGUAACAAUAAUAAGAAGCGGAGUCGGGGUACUAAUGUAGGCGUUUGCAAUAAUAAGAAAGGAAAAAAGACUAGUACGACUACUACUGAGGACGAUCAACCUGUGAAAGAAGGAAAAGGCAACGGCGACGGUAGUGUUAGCGGCAGCGGCAGCGGUGGCGGUGAAUCCGACCAUGAAAUACAUAUUUGGACGGAGAGAGAGAGGAGGAAGAAGAUGAGGAACAUGUUUGCAAAUCUUCAUGCUUUGCUUCCCCAACUCCCUCCUAAGGCAGACAAAUCUACCAUCGUUGAUGAAGCAGUGAACUACAUCCGAAACCUACAACAAACUCUUCAUAAGCUACAAAAACAAAAGCUAGAAAAGCUUCAAGCUGGAGCUACCAAUAAUCUUGCUAAUACCUUCACUAAUAACAUUGGUGAACCCUCAAUAAAUAAUAUUACUAAUAAUCCUCAACCAAAGCUGGUGUAUGACUCGAGGGAAGCCUAUUUAGCUGAUCAAGGCACUUGCAAUGAGUUGGUGAGUAUUGGAAAUAAUAAUAAUAAUAAUAAUACAAAUUCUCUUUUGCCUGUACUCUUCCAAACCUGGACUUCCUCCAAUGUGGUACUCAACAUCUGUGGUGAGGAAGCUCAUAUCAGCGUCUGCUCCCCUAAGAAGCCAGGGCUCUUCACCUCCAUUUGCUAUGUUUUGGAGAAGCAUAAGAUAUCCAUUAUUUCUGCUCAGCUUUCAUCUGAUUCUAAUCGAAUCAUGUAUAUGAUUCAUGCACAUCAGGCGAGUAGCACUGGAGUGGGUUCAGAUCAGUUCGUAGAGGCUUUCAGUUCUGUGGAAGAAGUAUUCAAACAAGCUGUAGGAGAGUUAAUGUUAUGGGUGUCUUCUUGAUUAUUAUACAUGUUCCAAUGAAUUUUUAUGACUUUGCUUGUUUAAUUAAUGAAUUAAUGGUGGGUUUAAAUUACUCCUGAAUUAUUAUU